UUUUUUUUUGGUUCCUCUAUAAUAACCUUAUACCCUAAUCAACCAUGGAAGACACAAAUAAACUCAUUCUUAAAACGCUUUUACAAUUAUCCAACGAAAUAAGAAGUUUAUCUGCCUCGACCAAAAGAAUGAAUGAAAAACUGACAGCUAUAGAAACCAAACUAUCAUUUUACGAACGUGUCAGACAUUCACCUUCUCCUGCUAUUAAUACUUCAGAUGAAACAAUAAUAUCAACAGAGCCUAUGACACGUAUAUUACCACCACAUAAAAAGGAAAGUGUAACUCGAAAACUCAAGAUGCUUAUCAGUACAUCAUGGAACAAGAAUAAGAAUGGGAUUGAACGGACUGAAGAGGAACAAGCACGCGCUUAUGAAGCACUUUUGGAUUUGGCAAAGGAUACUCUAGAACAAGUGGAUGACACUAUGUUUUUACCAGGUCGAAACAAGACAUUUUCCAAUUUAGAACACACAUAUCAAGAAAUAUUAGUAGAUCAUUUUGAAAAGGCAGCUUCAGGUAUUGGUUUACACUUGAAGGAUUGUGCAAAACACUGGGCAGCAAGAAGACUUUUGACACGGGAAAUGAUCAACUCUAGUCGACAGAGCAUCAAACGCAAAAAGAAUGACAACAAUGAUGAAAAGAAAGAAGACAACGAUGCUGACAAUCACAAUAUCACCAGUGACAAUAGUGACAUCAAGGAGAAUAUCACUGACGAUAGCGAUAACAAUGACAUGAAUGAUUGUGAUAAUCACGAUGAUAUAGAUCACCAAGUUGAAUUUGUAGAUAAUUCUUCCUCACCUGCAGAACAAAUCUCGUCACCUGAUGGCAUGAUCAUUGGUUCUCCUCAUUCAGCACCCAGUCCCUCUCCAGCAAAACGACAACGGCAAUUGAAGGAGGAAGAUGAUACCAUUAUUACUUAGUCAUUAGAAUAGCCAUUACAUUAGUUUAGUUUAGAACUUAAAAGAUAAAAUAAAAUAAAAAAUAUCGUCUCACUUGA